AUGAGGUCCAAUGUCUCUCAGGUGGAGUUCCAAGAGGACUUCUACAUUCCCAUUCCUUUGGACACCCACAACAUCACGCUGCUCAGCCCUUUUUUGGUGCCACAGGAUCACCUGGGUCACAAGGGGGUCUUCGUAAGCAUGGCCGUCUUCAUGUGCAUCCUCUUCAUUGUGGGCACGUCCAUCAAUGCCCUCACCAUUGUAUGCACGGUGAAGUUCAAGAAGUUGCAAUCCCACCUCAACUACAUCCUGGUCAACCUUGCUGUUUCAAACCUACUUGUGUCACUGACUGGGUCCUCCACAGCCCUCUGCACCUUCAUAUCACGGUACUUCAUACUGGGACCCUUCAUGUGCAAGGCUGAAGGUUUCUUAUCUACUCUGGGAGGAAUGGUGAGUCUGUGGUCUCUCUCAGUGGUGGCUGUCGAGAGAUAUCUGGUCAUCUGCAAGCCAAUGAGCUCCUUCACUUUCAAGAACACCCAUGCUCUGAUUGGCUGUGCAGUCCCCUGGAUAUUUGCAUUAAUCGCUUCUCUACCUCCGCUGUUCGGCUGGAGUAGAUACAUCCCUGAAGGUCUGCAGUGCUCCUGUGGGCCUGACUGGUACACCGUGAACAACAAAUACAACAACGAGUCUUACGUCAUGUUCCUGUUUAUCUUCUGCUUCGGUUUUCCCUUCAGUGUCAUAGUCUUUUGCUACAGUCGGCUGCUCUUCGCCGUCAAAGCAGUCGCCAAGGUUCAGGAGCAGUCGGCCUCCACCCAGCAGGCCGAGAGGGAGGUGACCAAGAUGGUGGUGGUGAUGGUGCUCGGGUUCCUGGUGUGCUGGCUUCCCUAUGCCACCUUCGCCUUGUGGGUGGUGACCCACCGUGGUGAGAUCUUUGACCUGCGGCUGGCCACAAUCCCCUCCUGCCUGUCCAAAGCAUCGACCAUCUACAAUCCCAUCAUCUACGUGCUGAUGAACAAAAUGUUCUGCUCAUGCAUGAUAAAGUUGGUUUUCUGUGGCAAGAAUCCCUUUGGAGUUGAAGAGGAGAGCUCUGUAUCACAAAGCACCCACGUCUCCUCUGUCUCCUCUAGUCAAGUGUCACCCUCGUGA